CCAGCUUCCCUGAGCCAGGAGGAAGGGCUGGCUAGAGCCAAUAGGCCUGGCUGGGUGGGCUGGGACUUGCCACCCAUCCUGCCUGCUCCAGAGAGGGUUUGGGUGAGGCCUGGACAAGUGGUGGGGGUAGGGUGCAGCGAAGGGCCUAGGGAUGGCCUGCUGGGGGCAGGGCCAGGGCCUUCUGUGCCGGGCACUGUUGACUGCUGCUGUCACAAGGGCCUUUUGUUUCCUGCACAGGACACGCUGAAUAAUAAUUCUCUGGGCAAGAAGCACAGUUGGCAGGAUCGCGUGUCUCGGUCAUCCUCACCCCUGAAGACAGGGGAGCAGACACCUGCCCACGAACACAUCUGCCUGAGUGAUGAGCUGCCACCCCAGAGCAGCCCCGCCCCCACCACAGACCGAGGCACCUCCACCGACAGCCCUUGCCGCCGCAGUGCUGCCACCCAGAUGGCACCUCCCAGUGUCCCUCAGGCUGCUCCACCCGGUGGCCGGGGCCACUCGCAUCGAGACCGCAUCCACUACCAGGCAGAUGUGAGGCUGGAGGCCACUGAGGAGAUCUACCUGACACCAGUGCAGAGGCCCCCAGACCCUGCAGAGCCCACCUCUGCCUUCCUGCCGCCAGCUGAGAGCCGGAUGUCGGUCAGCUCCGAUCCAGACCCUGCUGCCUACCCCUCAACAGCAGGGCGGCCACACCCCUCCAUCAGUGAGGAGGAUGAGGGCUUCGACUGCUUGUCCUCCCCGGAGCGGGCUGAGCCACUAGGUAGAGGGUGGCGGGGGAGCCUGGGGGAGCCGCCGCCGCCUCCACGGGCUUCUCUGAGCUCGGACACCAGUGCGCUGUCCUACGACUCGGUCAAGUACACGCUGGUGGUGGAUGAGCACGCACAGCUGGAGCUGGUGAGCCUGCGGCCGUGCUUCGGAGACUACAGUGACGAGAGUGACUCGGCCACUGUCUAUGACAACUGCGCCUCUGCCUCCUCGCCCUACGAGUCGGCCAUCGGGGAAGAAUAUGAGGAGGCGCCCCGACUGAGGCCCUCUGCCUGCCUCUCCGAGGACUCCACCCCCGACGAACCCGACGUCCACUUCUCCAAGAAGUUCCUGAACGUCUUCAUGAGUGGCCGCUCUCGCUCCUCCAGUGCGGAAUCCUUUGGGCUCUUCUCCUGUGUCAUCAACGGGGAGGAGCAGGAGCAGACCCAUCGGGCCAUCUUCAGGUUUGUGCCUCGACAUGAAGAUGAACUCGAGCUGGAAGUGGACGACCCCCUGCUGGUGGAGCUACAGGCUGAGGACUACUGGUACGAGGCCUACAACAUGCGCACGGGGGCCCGGGGCAUCUUUCCUGCCUACUACGCCAUCGAGGUCGCCAAGGAGCCUGAGCAGAUGGCAGCCCUGACCAAAAACAGCGACUGGGUGGACCAGUUUCGGGUGAAGUUCCUGGGCUCUGUCCAGGUUCCCUACCACAAGGGCAAUGAAGUCCUCUGUGCCGCUAUGCAAAAGAUCGCCACCACCCGCCGGCUCACCGUGCACUUUAACCCCCCCUCCAGCUGCGUCCUAGAGAUCAGCGUGAGGGGUGUGAAGAUAGGCGUCAAGGCUGAUGACUCCCAGGAGGCCAAGGGGAAUAAAUGUAGCCACUUUUUCCAGUUAAAAAACAUCUCUUUCUGUGGAUACCAUCCGAAGAACAACAAGUACUUCGGGUUCAUCACUAAGCACCCUGCUGACCACCGGUUUGCCUGCCACGUCUUUGUGUCUGAAGAAUCCACCAAAGUCUUGGCGGAAUCUGUGGGGAGAGCGUUCCAGCAGUUCUACAAGCAGUUUGUGGAGUACACCUGCCCCACAGAAGACAUCUACCUGGAGUAGCAGCGCUGCCUGCCCUCUGCCUCCCCGGGCCCGCAGGCCAGGGCCAGGACAGCUGGCUGCUGACAGGACGUGGCACUGCU